AUGGGUGUUCGUACACCAUAUAAAACAGUUAAUUUUGAACGAUCAAAUAAUCAAUCUGAUGAUUUUAUUAUAUUUUUAAAACAUAAACGUAUGGUUAUUGAUAUUGAUGGUAAAAAUAAUAGUUUUGAACAAUUUAAUCAACAUUUUCGUCUUCAUCCAUAUGUUGAUCGUACAAAUAAUCAACAACCGAUUAUUACCAUUCCUGCUGAAUUCUUUCGAUAA